CCAACAAAAUCUCUGAGCUGAACAAGUGCAUCUAGUAUCUUGAGGCCGAGGCUAAGAAGAAAGAUGAUACAAUCGCACAUCUUUGUGAUGAAGCUUUGAAAGGAGAGAAGACGAUUGAGGAGAUGGCAAAACGUAGUGAAUUGAUAUUCGAAGAAUACAAGAUAGCUCUUGCAACUUUUGGUGCUGAGCCUCUUCCGUUGCCUGCACAAGCCAUACGCGAGGAAGGUGUUUUAGCUCUUCUUAGUUGGCUGUUGAACGAGUUCAAGGGUUUGCAUGAUAUAUUGGUCACUGCAACUGACAAUGCAGCAGCAGUUUCUUGUGAAAGCAUCUUGGCUCUUUUAAAUCGCGAAGGCUGUGAAGACUUUUCAAAAUUGGGUGCCAAAGACUUUGUUUACCCUUCAUACAAGGAGCUUGGCCAAGAUUUGUCGAGUGUUCAAACUGUAAAGAAGUCUUUCUUUCGAAGGUUUUGGAAGGUUUCAGGAAGGGAGGCUGUUCGAGCCAUUGCUGCUGAGCGGCUGAAGGUGGAAAGCAAGGAGGAUGAUGUUGGAGCGAUGGAGGAAGCUACGAAGGAAGUUGUGGAGGGCUCUUUGGGUGGCAGUGCCAAAGAUGUUGAUGAAAUUGAAGCUUCGAAGGUGUAA